AUGGCUACAGUGAGGAAAAGCAAGGGUCGCCAAAGGGUGGAGAUGGCCAAAAUGACUAAAGAAAGUAAUUUACAGGUUACUUUCUCCAAACGCCGAUCCGGCCUUUUCAAGAAGGCUAGUGAAUUAUGCACACUUUGCGGUGUUGAAAUCGCCAUAGUAGUCUUCUCUCCUGGAAAAAAGGUGUAUUCCUUUGGCCAUCCUUGCGUGGAAUCCAUCAUAGAUAGAUUCCUCACUAGAAACCCUUUGCCCAACUCUAGUGCACUGCAACUCUUUGAGGCUCACCGCAGUGCAAAUGUUCGGGACCUUAACCUGCAACUUACUCAAGUGCUCAACCAACUAGAGAUCGAGAAGAAGCGUGGCGAAGCGCUUACACAGAUGAGGAAGGCCAGCCAAGCACAGUGCUGGUGGGCAGCUUCCAUUGAGGAGCUCAGCUUUGAGCGGCUGGAGCUUCUGAAGGUGUCGCUGGAAAAUCUUAAAAAGAACGUGGCGUUGCAGGUGGACAAGCUUAUGAUUGAGGCGUCGAAUCCUCCAACAUUUUUCCCCUCCAAUUCUGUGGGAGCAGUUGUGCCUUAUGAUUCGCAGGUUGCUGGAUUUGGCCCUCGUAGCUAUGAUUUUGGCUAUGGGGGUGGUCGUUUGUUUUGA